AAACCACCAAACAAAUUAACAAUUUCGUUUUCUCUCAAAUCCGCCACUCAGCCAUGAUUCUCGCCACCGCUCUCACAGCUCUCCUCAUAUCGAACCUACUUGCCGCAGCUGUGCCACCGCCGCAUCUAGACUGCGUGGCGGAGCUGGUGGCGUUCUCGCCUUGCCUUCCUUUCGUGUCCGCGCCGCCGAACAACUUCACCGCCACCGUGCCUCUUCAGUGCUGCGAUGUGAUAUCCUCUGUUUUCAACUCCACCAACGAUUACUGCUUCUGUUACCUUCUCAGGCAGCCGAUGAUCUUCGGCUUCCCGUUGAAUGAUUCCAGAGUCAUUUCACUACCGUCAGUCUGCUUGGCAAGGACCGAUGAUUCCCUGGAGUCGGUUUGCGCCUCAGGAGCACAAGAGCUACCACCUCUUCUUGGAGAUAGCAAUCCAGAGAGCCCGCAACCUUCAUAUUCCCGUGGGGAUAAUGCUUCCACUCCAGCCUCUACCAAGGUACCAAGUCCCAUGAGCUCGCAACCAAACUCCACAAGGGGACUACCAAAACUGAUGCCAGCAGGGGAAUCAGAUAGAGUUUCAUUUGCAUUGUCACAGAUCAACAUUGGAUAGAAGAAUCACGUAGAAGAUCUAUCUUUUGCCACUCAUUAAAAUAGCAUUCAAGUU